ACUUUAGACCCCCUCCCAAUCCAACUACUCCCAAGUUCUUCAUUAUAAAUGUUCCCCCAUGUGCAUUGUACAAAGUCCCCCCCAUAAAAAACUCCUUUAUGAAACACCCAGAAAUUCUUCAAAUGCGUGCGUGUUUAAGCGGCCUCACUGUUUUUCUCCUACUAAUCUCAACCACUACUCAUGCUUUAACAAGGCCAAGCCAGCGGCUAAGCCUAGCAAACCAGUUUCUGGCUCCACAUAACGCAGCUCGUUCAGCACUUGGACUCCAACCAUUGUUGUGGGAUGCAAAGCUUGCACGCUAUGCACAAUGGUACGCUAACCAAAGGCGAUUCGACUGUGCUUUGCAGCACUCUAAUGGCCCUUAUGGUGAGAACAUUUUCUGGGGUAGUGGAGAUGGUUGGACACCUUCUCAGGCCGUCAUGGCUUGGAUUUCAGAGCGUCAAUGGUACAAUUAUUGGUCUAACUCUUGCGCCGGUGGACAAGAAUGUGGGCAUUAUACACAGAUAGUUUGGAGCUCUACAAGAAGAGUUGGGUGUGCUAAGGUGACUUGUUUUGGGGGUAGGGGGGAUUUUAUGACUUGCAACUAUGACCCUCCUGGAAAUUAUAUUGGAGAAAGGCCAUAUUGAUGUUGUAAGAAAUUUGAUUUCGCAAUAUACUUCUUUUUAUGGAAAUGGAAUUUGUUGGGGCUA